ACAAAAAUGCCUCUGGCGAAGUUAUAUUCAUUUCUACACAAAAACAAAUGUUGCCCCUAUGCUCAGCGUAGUCGAUUACCUAUAUUCCAUGGCAUUCCGAGAUUCCCAGAGAUGUCUGCUCGGAGACAGACACGUGUUCGGGGAAAGCGAGCCCUGUCCGAACGACGAUAGCUGGAGAGCCGGGACUUGCAUAAUUUUGUAGAGUAACAUCCGGACUAUCUACGCGUGCAAAAAAAUUUCUAACAGUGUAUGUUAGUUUUCUGAAAACGGAGCUGAUUUUCCAAAGAUCCUGUGCAAACUCGAUCUUUGAAAUUUUUUAGAAGUUGUUUUUGCUUAUGAAAAGUUCCGCUGAAGUCUUGGCUAUCGAACGGCGAAAACCGCAGGUCUCUAUCUCAUUUCUAUCAAAAGUUAUGCAAAAAAUGCCCACCGGCACUGUAUUUUGGAAUGGAUAGUAGUUUUCAGAAUUCUAAACUGGUUUUCGAAAGAUCCGUUGAAAAAGUGGCUUCAGAAACUUUUUCAAAAAUCACUUUUGCCUAUGGAACUAUGGCCGCAAGUGUCGUUUUUCGAUUGCUGAAAACCACAAGUUUUUACCAUUUGUCAUCUUUGAGUUAUUCGAAAAACAACCGACUGCAUUAUAUUUUGGGAUGGAUAAUAGUAAUGUAAUCAUUACAUGUCAAUAUUUUAUCUGAAAUGUCACGUCGAUAUUGAGUUGAAACAAGUAAGUCAAUGUUGUCUGACGAAGUGUUUUUAAUUCACGAUUUAACAUAUAAUAAGAUAGUGAAAAAUAGUAACAAUGCCUUUCAGAAGUGAAUCAUAAAGAAUAAAGGACAGAACAAAAAACUGUUGACUACAAAAAUAAGUUUACGGAUUCAUACAAAGUUGACUUUCUAUUUUUUAACAGUUUAUCUAUAGAAUGUAUGCAAAGAGAGAGAGACAGAGUGCAGGAAACAUUUUUUUUGUUUUGCAAUUUAACUUUAAACUAACAUAUGAAAUAAAUAAAUAAAUAAAUUUCUUAAAGUAUUUUUGAAUACUUACUGUUUACUACAUAUAUGAUCUUCAAGAAAUAUUUCAUUUUCGAUUACCACAAACUCAUUCUCAGAGAAUAAUUUUUUUGUACUAUAGAGAAUGUAGUGUAAGUAAUCACUUUUAUUCAUUUUUAUGCAGUCAUGCAGUAUUAUUAUUUGCGAAAGUAACAAUCAUUCCCAAUUAGAUAUACAUCGGUUAUUUUUCGAUUCUGUUGACUAAGUAGCAGAAAAAGUGCUUAUAUUUUUUUGUGAAGUAAUCUAUGAAACUUUUCUGAGUGGUCAGUUUUGUAGAGACUUUUGUGCUCUACAACAUUAUUCACGAAGAAUUUUUGUCGAGUUUUUCGUAUCUCUUUUAUAAGCAUGUUAGUAUAUGACAGAUAUUGAUUAUAAUCGUCGGUUAUAACCGACAUUCGUUGUACACUAAAAUGUUUAUAAGACAAAUAAUAAUCUCAACGAAAAUUCUUCACGAAUAAUGUUGUAGAGAACAAAAUCCUCUACAAAACUGACCACUUAGAAAAGUUCCGUUGUCUACCUCAGAAAAAUAUAAACAAUCUUUUGUCAGUUAUUCAAAAAAAUCGAUACAUGUUUAUUUCGAAUCCCAUUGCUAUGUUUGAACAAGUUAUUGCUUUUGACUUUCAUCAGGUAGUUUCGAAAAAUAAUGAAAGCUUUUUGAAAAUAUAUGAAGCAUAUUUUUAUUAUUUACUUGUAGAUAUAAAAAUAAUAAGUCUGAACGAAACAUUGAAAAGUCAAGUUCUAUCAAUAUGAUCAGUUUAAUCACAUGUUCAUUUUUUAUGGUUUUUGUAUCAUAUGUUGUAUCAAAAAAUAAAACGGACAUAAACAUUGAAGUCUAUAUUCCACAAGGUGAUAAAUUUUCAGCUAGUCCACUAGAAGCAAUUAUUCCUUGUUCAGAAAAUCUUUCUGUUGAAGAUGCAAUGAAACAAGCUUUUACACAAAAUCUUAUAUACACAGCAAAAUGGGGUGCAAAAAUGAAAAAUGGAACAAUUCUUCAAUCAUAUUAUGUUGAAAGUAUUAAUGGUGCUUCAAACUUUAAUCAUCCUUAUAAUGAAACAUUAAGUCGAUUUUGGUUUGUUUGUAUUAAUAACUCUGACCUUGAUGUAGGUAUAUCGCAAAAAGUACUGACAUGUGGUGAUCGCAUUACUUGGUAUUACAUUCAAUAUCGACAAGGUUUAUGUCAAACAUAA